AUGGCUGCUGUGGCGCUUGUGCAGGGAGCAAGCAGAGGUCUGGGCUUAGACUUCUGCAGAUAUCUACUUUUAAACAAAUCUCCAGCAGCCGUUAUCGCGACAUGCAGAAAUCCGGACGCCGCACAACAACUGGCAGCGCUGAGCGCGCAGCACGCGGGCAGGAUGACUGUACUGAAACUGGAUGUCAACAGGGAAGAUGACAUCAAGAGAGCGGCUGAAAGUGUCAAAUCUGCCUUUGGGAAAGUGGAUUUGAUCAUUAAUUCUUCAGCUAUGCUUCAUCCAUCCGGUAAAGGAGAAACAAGUUUACGAGACGUGUCCGCUCAGGGAACCAUUUCCACUUUGGCCACUAAUACGGUGGGUCCUCUAGUGAUGGCCAAAUAUUUUGUCCCCUUGCUUCAGAAGGGAACAGGGGCGUUUGGCCAGCAGCCCCCAGAGAAAGAGAAACAGCACAGUGGCAUCAUUGUGAACAUGACUGCUAGAGUGGGAUCUAUAGGAGACAAUGAUCUUGGAGGCUGGUACAGCUAUAGGAUGUCUAAAGCUGCCUUAAACAUGGCCACCAGAAACCUGUCCAUUGAGCUGGGUCGAGGGCGAUCUAAAAUUGUGUGUGUAUCCCUGCAUCCUGGAACCGUGAAUACGGAUUUGUCUCGGCCCUACCAUCGAAACGUACCUAAGGACAAGCUGUUCAGCACAGAAUACUCUGUCCAAUGCCUUAUGAACAUAAUAGACAAUCUAAACAUAGACAAAACAGGGAAAGCCUAUGCAUGGGACAGCAAUGAAAUACCUUGGUAAACAGUCGCGUCGAAAACAACAGCGUUGUGUCUACCUCAUUUUAAAAUAAGGUGGAUAACAAAAUAAUGCUGAAACAAAUAAUCAGGCAAUGUAAAUCUAGCACAGAAAAUAAAUGUUUGCAUAAAACACUGGGGUUUAAAAUUGACUAUUGGUUUUUAAGAGA